UUAUACAACGAGUUUACCAUCAGCGACACUUUCUGGUUUUAUGGACGUAUUCAUGGGCUCGCUUCCAAGGAGACAGAGGCCCGUAUGACCUUCCUCGUUGACUUUCUAGACCUCCCAGACAAAUCCAGACUGAUCAGGAACCUGAGUGGAGGACAGAAGAGGCGUGUUUCCCUGGGAGCUGCCCUCCUGCAGAAACCUGAGCUGCUCAUCCUGGAUGAGCCGACAGUGGGAGUGGACCCCGUCCUCAGAGCCAAGAUCUGGCAGCAUCUGGUGGAGAUUGUGAAAGAUGGACAGGUAUCCGUGAUCAUCACCACACAUUACAUAGAAGAAGCCAGGCAAGCCAGCGUGACCCUGGAGAGCGCUUUCCUCCAACUGUGCGAAUCGUCCGACCAGACAUCUUCAAACCUGAACAUCGGCCCUGAGGGAAAGGACAAAGAGGCCAGCCAGUCAUCUGAGGACUCGAAGGAUGAGUGUCGGCCCAUCCUGGGGAACAUGCAGGAAGGGGAUCCCAGGUUCACAGUGGACUGGAAGGUCCGGGCAAGACAAGUCUUGCCAAAGUGCAGGAACAUCUGGGCUCUGAUGAUCAAGACAUUUGUGAGGAUGAAGAGGAUGCCAGGGUUCCUCUGUUUCCAGUUCCUCUUGCCAGUGAUCCAGAUAUCUCUGAUGUGCCUGUGUAUCGGAGGGGAUCCCAGGGGCAUCCAGGUGGCAGUUGUGAACAAUGAGACGGGGAAUAGCUCCUUCAGCCACUCCCUGCUCUCUUUCAUAGACAACACCACCGUGCACCAGGUGAUAGUACAGCAGUCAGAAGCCUUUACUGGAGUCCGAGAUGGAAGGUACUGGGGUAUAAUUGGGUUUGGUUCCAACUUCUCCACGGAUUUAAUGAUGAGAAUGCUACAGAAGAGUGUUACUAAGCAGGUGGUGGAAGGUGGGACUGUGCACGUGUGGCUUGACAUGACAAACAGACAGAUCGCUUUUAUGCUCCAAAAAAAGCUUCAGGAAGCGUUUGAGAGCUUUGUCCAGGAUAAACUUGGCACACUGUCUUAUCUGGUGUCCCUCCCUGUAAAGUUUGAAGAACCUAUAUAUGGCAGCAGCAAUCCUGAUUUCACUAGCUUUGUGACACCUGGAGCUGUGCUGAGUAUCACCUUUUAUUUGGCGGUGGGCCUGACAGCGUUGUCCUUUGUGACAGAGCGCAAGGAAGGGCUGCUGGACAGAUGCUGGGUUGCAGGUGUGAGCUCGCUGGAGACCAUGCUGGCACACCUGCUCUCUCAGCUGGUCAUCAUGAGUGUCCAGGUCACCCUGCUGCUUCUCUUCGUCCUCCUGGUCUUCAAGAUCCCCAAUGAAGGCUCCCUGGCUCUCAUUGUGAUCCUCAUCUUCCUCCAAGGCGUGACGGGCAUUUCCUUUGGCCUCGUGAUCUCCGCUGCGAUUGACGACGAGCAGUCAGCCAACCAGGCCGCCCUCGGCAUCUUCUACCCCAACCUCAUCAUAAGCGGUAUUAUCUGGCCCAUGGAGUGUAUACCUUAUCCUCUGAGAUACCUGAGCAUGGUCUUACCACAGACAUAUGCAGCCGAGGCCUUGCGCUGUAUCAUGUACAAAGGGUGGGAUUUGACCGCAAUGAUGGUGUGGAGAGGUUUUGCAGUCACCCUGGGCUGGAACACUUUCUUCUUAAUCCUUGCCACGGUCAUACUGAAGAUGAGGAUGUAGUCAGUCCAGGGAGUCCUGGGUAUGGACAAGAAACCCUCACAGAUCCUGAGCUGGGGAUGACCCCUCCAGUCCCACUGAGCUGCAUCUCUGACUAUCCAGAUACAGGUGAUUUCUGACUGAUAGGUGUUACUGGAAUGUCAGCACACUGUAUGUCUGUCUCAGGAGUUAUCACCCGGAGUGAUUAUUUUUUGGGACACUUUCUUAUAUGUGUUAAAACACCAGCGGUAUUUUUCUGCAAGCGAGAACACAAAUUCGUUGUAAAUUGAAGUAUUCAAAAGAUCAGUUUAUCUGAUCAAUAAUGUUGGCUUCAGCUCAGAUGCCCACUUUUCAUUCCAUCGAGAUAUCCAAUAUACAGUAAACCCUUUUUGAACUGGAUAAGUCAAUUGAGAACAAAUGUUCACGUUGUGUUGUGCUUUGCCUGCUGUUCAGUAGAAAUUGGAAUGCUGUUUUAUCACAGCUUAAAGCAGACAGUGUGCUUAGAGCUCACGUUUUUGUGGUUUCCUUGCUAUGUUUGACUUUGUGCUGUCUCUGUUGUGUACAGUCAGCCUGUCCAACUGACAUCAGAGAGGCUGGGCAUUCCAGAUCAUUAGGCUUCUUUGUUUGGCUUCGCAGCAACAGAAGCACUGAUGGGCUUAUCAAUAUCUGGAAAUAGCAAGAGUAAUAAAUGGACAUCUUAGACUCCUAACAUUAUGUUAAACAAUUAAGAAAAGGAUCAGUAUUGGGGAAUCUCUCUGCCUAGGAAUAAUGUACCUUUAAAUGAACUACUGUACAGAAGAAUGGUGCUAUAUGAGCGUAUUACUGGAAUGGUGUGUGAAGACCACUGUGAAACCAGAUUGACAAAUGGGAAAUACAAAAGUGAAUUUUUACUCUUACAUUUUUUAUUUUGUGAUAAUUGUACAAUAUCAAUACCAAAUGAUCUGUGUUUUUCUAAAAGAAAAUAAUCAACUGAAAUGCUUACUAAGGACUUAGGAAUUGUUUCAGUAAUUCCAAUAUAGGAAGCUCUAGCAAUAAAUGCCACAAGUAGAAGAUUUAAUGUAUACUUACUUUUUAAGUCCAGUAACCAUACUCCACAAGAACUGCUGAUUUUUAUAAAAAUGUUUGGGAGUCUCACUGAUACAUUCUCAAAGAUAAAUGUUUGUCCACAUGAACACAGAUUAACGUGAAACAUUGCAAAUCUUGUUUUAUGGCAAAUAAAGUUUAACCAAGAGUGAUAUGAUUGACAGGAAGGAAGACAUCCUAAACCAGAAGAGGGUCAGAGUUUAGAAAUGACUCUUUUUGUUCCUCCCACUCUGGAGUGAACCCAGUAAGCUUAAAAUAGCCAGCUUAUAAUAUUAAGGUACAAACAGAAAUAGAGAAGAAACAAAGAAUUGUCUGGAUUUUGAAUAAACAGAAAACUGGCCUGUUGAAAUGACAAGAGAAAAAGUGUUCUUUAGAAGGAGCUGUGAAACAAGCACAGACACAUAAUUAGGCAAUUUUGUUGUCAGACACCAAUUAAUUUAUGAUACAUCCUUUGUCUCCAAAACACAGUUUUACAACCCUUUUAUUGUCCUGUUCCACUUGUUAUCAAAUAUGCCUAGAAGAGACGAUACCUAGAGUGUGAACUACUUUCUAACAUCUCAUUAGUGUAAUAAGCAUUUAAGUGUUGGCAGCUGCCCAUCGUUUGUUUUCUUGGACAUUUAUUUUCAUUCCUCAUAUUGACAAGACUAAAAUCCGUCUACUUCACCAUAGUUCUGAAAGAAGCAGAAGAUUGUUUUUUUAAACGAUGCCAUGCCACGACGGUUUCCCAGUGUAGCGUUGUGCACAAGAAGAGCACUGUGUAUGUUUGUCUAGGUUGCAGUAGCCUGCCGAUGUUGGGGAACCCAUUUUACUACCUCUGAUAAGCAGACCUACUGAACAUGUCCUUACUUGUUUGAAACUAUUAUAGAACCGCACUUUGUGUUAUUUAAUUAAAUCCUUUUGAGACAUCA